GUGUGUGCGUGUUUUUUUUUUUGGCUCUAAAACUUUCCCUUGAGCAUGAAGAUAUUGAAGAUGAUGACAUAAGCAUUACCCCAAUCUGCCAGUAAUGGCAAACCCCCAUUUUUUGUAUUACCCAACAGGAAGUGUGUAGGAACAGACAGUAUAAAUUCACUAAAUUGUCAGUGUUUUGUACACUUGCUCCCUUGGCUCAUAUUUCUAAUUUCAAGGAAGCACUCACAAAUCACAAAGGAGAAGAAUGUUUUUUUCAUCGUUGACUUGCGUGCCUCUUUGCACGGUGGCACUACUGCUUGUAGCCUCGGCUCAGAGCAGACACUGCACAGAUUCCUGCUGCUCGUUCGUGGAGAACUUCCCUGCAAGGCUCAAACAGCUGAGGGUUUCCUUUGACGAGAUAAAGCAAUACUAUCAAGAAAAUGAUGAGCUUGAGAUGGCGCUGCUAGACGAGAACAUCCUGCAAGAGUUUAAAAGUCCCUUCGGGUGCCAGGCCAUGAACGAGGUGCUCCGCUUCUACCUGGACAUAGUUCUGCCGACAGCGACGCAGAAGGUCCGCCAGGAUUACUCGAAACCCAUAGACAUCAUCGGCAACAUCUUCCUCGACCUCAAGAAGCAGGUCAUCCAGUGUAGGAAUUUCUUCUCCUGCAAGAAACACCUUUCUCUUGACAGCAUCAUGACUACAUAUAAAAAAAUGCAGAACAAAGGUCUGUAUAAGGCAAUGGGAGAGCUGGAUGUGCUCUUCAACUACAUUGAGGAGUACAUGGUUUCAAAAAGAAAAAGGCACUGAUCAGCUCUACUGCUUUGAAGCCAUACUAGGAGAGGCUCGAUAAAGGCCUGGAGCAAGAGCAAAUGUGUUUAGUUUUUUUUUUUACAUUUUAAAAAGGCAUACAUUAACAUUGAAGACACUGUGCACUGUUUUUCCCUCUCUAAUUCUGUGUAAUUUUUGAGGACUGAAAGUAAUCUGUUUCUCCAGUAGCCUUGGACCACACUGGAUGAGAACUGAAAUGUUUUGAAAAACUAUCACACUACUUGUUUCCUGAAACAGUGCUGUUUUUGUGUAGUAUGCACUUCCAAUGUAAGGCAGUGUUCAACAUUACCUUUAUGUUCGUUUAGAACUCAAUGUAAGACAAGUACUAUCAUAUAGGUGUUUAUUGAGUAUCGAAUAGGUAUGAAUAGCUUCAUGUUAAACGAGAGUCAUAUUGACAAAUGUUUUGUGUGCAUGUGGCUUAUUGCCUUUCAAAGGAGCAAACUUUUUUUUUAACUGCUGCAAUUAUUAUAUUUAUUUAAAAGUUUACUUUUAAUGUCAUUAUUGUUAUUCCUGGGAGAUUUCUUGGAUAUACUAUUUUUGUUCCAACUGAAUCCUUGAACAGACAUAAGCUGUGGAAAGAGUCAUAUUUUAAAUUUUUGUUUACAGAACUGUACAUGUAACACUUCUUUCUUUGCAACUUGUAACUUUCAUAGGAUGCAUUUUUGAACAGCUAUGUGGCAAAAGAGUAGGGUCAUUGAGGCUAACCCUAGACCACACUUUGGUUCAACAGAGUAUUAGAAGGUGUGUCUUAGGCUUUCCAGCUGCCACAAUGUCUACUAAUUACAUUUUUAUUUAAUACGAAUUUUUAUUUUUCCAACAAGUUCAGUGUUUAUGCAUUUAAGUGUUAUGUUGAAUAUGGAUGGUUUUCAUGGAUCUUUAGA